AUCCCAAAAUUCUGGAGUCACUCGCCGAAUACCAGGCUACUCCAGAACGUCGUCUUCUUCCGUCCGGUUGAAUCAGACAUGGAAUUCACUUCCAUCUAAUCUGCAGUGGACCACUGUACAAAUUGUACCAACUUCUUCUUUCCCUUUUCUAAGGUUAUUCAGGUGGAAGAGAACUCGCCAUGGUUGUCUCCCUUGAUUUACAUGAAUUUAUUCUACGGGCAAGGGUGUUGAAACUGUUCAGGCAGGCUUUAAGAACUGCUCGCAAAGCUCCUGUUCACGCUAGAGAGGAACUGAGGCAUACGAUCAGGCAAGAAAUGGAAAACAACCGCAGCUGUAAUGACAAACAGAAAGUUAGGUAUCUGAUCAGUGAAGGAAUAGAGAGUUUGAAGCGUUUAGACGAGAUGUUGGAUAUGCAAGGUCAUUCAUAAAGAGAGCCAAUUUUUUAUCCUUUCGCUUCAUCGGCAGCUGAAAUUUUAUGUUUCCAGUUAAAGUGCGAGAAAAAAUGGAGUUUUUCAUCACCUUCAUCAUUCAGAAAUUCAAUCUUUCAAGAUUUCUAUUACUUUUUAUGAUAUUGAGAGUCAAGUUGAAUAUUGUAGAAUUCAAUCAGAUCAAAUAACAAAACGAAGCCACACAAUGACCCCAAAGAAUUCAGGAUGCA